CUUGUUUUUUUGGUCCGGAAACUAAAAUACCCAAAAACAGAAGUUGACCGCCGACCAAACAAAACCUGACCGUCCAGGAUCUAACAUCUACCCGGCCAGUAGCCACCAACCGGAACGAGAAAAGUAAAACAUUCGCAAAGGUUCAAACUUUUCUGAUCUAAAGAUCUCUUCUUUUUGCAAAUGAUUCAACACAGAGAUUGAGCAAGAUGCAAUCGAGAAUCGUCGGAUUAGCUCCGGCGUUUUCUCUAUUCCCAAACCUAAACACACCUCACAAAACCUUCACUUUCCAUCAAAUCUCAGUUCUCAUCAUUACCUUUAUAGCAUAUGCUUCGUUUCACGCUUCUCGUAAACCUCCCAGCAUUGUCAAGAGUGUCCUUGGACCACCGUCUGUUGUAUCUAAUGCAUCUUCAAUUGAUAAUGGAUGGGCUCCGUUUAAUGGAACAGAAGGGACUAAGAGACUUGGUGAGCUUGAUUUGGCGUUUCUUUCUUCGUAUGCUUUUGGUAUGUACUUUGCAGGGCAUUUAGGAGAUAGGAUUGAUUUGAGAUACUUUCUUGUGUUUGGAAUGAUGGGUAGUGGGAUUCUCACUGUUGUAUUUGGGUUAGGGUAUUGGAUGGAUGUUCAUAGGCUUUGGUUUUACAUGAGUGUUCAGAUUGUUUGUGGUUUGUUUCAGUCUAUUGGGUGGCCUUGUGUUGUCUCUGUUGUUGGGAAUUGGUGUGGGAAAGAGAAACGUGGUUUGAUUAUGGGUGUGUGGAAUUCUCAUACAUCUGUUGGGAAUAUUCUUGGAUCGGUUAUUGCGUCUUCGGUUCUUGAUUUCGGAUGGGGAUGGUCUUUUGUUUUGCCUGGUGGGAUGGUGAUUUUGUCUGGGGUGUUUGUGUUUAUGUGUCUUGUUGUUGGUCCUAAUGAUUUGGGGUUUGAAGAACCGGGAAAACAGAUUGAGAUUGAGAUGAGUUUAGCUGAGAAUGAUGGAGAGGAGAGUUUGAGGAAACAGGAAGCUGAGGAUGCAGUGCUUCUUGAAAAUACUGUAGAUGACUCGGAUGAUUCUUUGUUUGCUAUCGGGUUUAUUGAGGCUUGGAGAUUGCCUGGUGUGGCGCCUUACGCGUUCUGUUUGUUUUUCUCGAAACUCGUCGCUUACACGUUCUUGUAUUGGUUACCAUACUACUUAAGGCACACAGCUGUUGCGGGUGUGAAUCUCUCGCAUAAAACUGCUGGGAUUCUCUCGACAGUCUUUGACAUAGGAGGAGUGCUUGGUGGAAUAUCAGCCGGGUUCAUUUCCGAUAAAAUCAAUGCUCGUGCCGUCACAUCAGUUACAUUCUUGGCACUCUCCAUUCCUGCCCUCAUUAUGUACAGAAUCUAUGGGAGUGUGUCCAUGUUCAUUAACAUCGCCUUGAUGUUUAUAUCCGGGUUAUUAGUAAACGGUCCGUAUGCACUCAUUACCACAGCCGUUGCAGCUGAUCUUGGAACACAAGACUCAAUUAAAGGGAAUGGUCGGGCGUUGGCCACUGUAACUGCUAUUAUAGAUGGUACUGGUUCAGUUGGGGCGGCUCUUGGACCGCUGCUCGCUGGUUUCAUAUCAAGCAGAGGGUGGAACAGUGUUUUUUUCAUGCUUAUUGUUUCAAUUUUCUUUGCGGGUUUAUUCUUGAUUCGCCUUGCAAAAGCUGAGAUCAAUGAGAUGAGGUCAGGUGAAUUGAUCGCGUCGAGUGAUCCUCAAAGCUGAUGUUUUAUCCCAGCAGAUUGUAUACUAAGGUAGUAUCAGGUAUAUAGAUUCAAACCAUACAAUACAAACUAAGACACCACCUGAUUUGUUAUCUACCAUCUUUUAGUUUAGAUGAAGCAAAUUCUACUAGUUUUUAUACUUUGCACUGACACAGAAGUCGAAAUUUUGGCUGGAGAUGAUAUUACUGCGUGUAAACAGAAAGUAUGAGUAACAAUUGUUUCGAUGUUUUCUUAUUUAA